UACAUUGAGUAGGUCUAACUGUUCACAGCUACAUUGAGUAGGUCUAACUGUUCACAGCUACAUUGAGUAGGUCUAACUGUUCAACGUUCACAGCUACAUUGAGUAGGUCUAACUGUUCACAGCUACAUUGAGUAGGUCUAACUGUUCACAGCUACAUUGAGUAGGUCUAACUGUUCACAGCUACAUUGAGUAGGUCUAACUGUUCAACGUUCACAGCUACAUUGAGUAGGCCUAACUGUUCACAGCUACAUUGAGUAGGUCUAACUGUUCACAGCUACAUUGAGUAGGUCUAACUGUUCACAGCUACAUUGAGUAGGCCUAACUGUUCACAGCUACAUUGAGUAGGUCUAACUGUUCACAGCUACAUUGAGUAGGUCUAACUGUUCAACGUUCGCAGCUACAUUGAGUAGGUCUAACUGUUCACAGCUACAUUGAGUAGGUCUAACUGUUCACAGCUACAUUGAGUAGGUCUAACUGUUCAACGUUCACAGCUACAUUGAGUAGGUCUAACUGUUCAACGUUCACAGCUACAUUGAGUAGGUCUAACUGUUCACAGCUACAUUGAGUAGGCCUAACUGUUCACAGCUACAUUGAGUAGGUCUAACUGUUCACAGCUACAUUGUGUAGGUCUAACUGUUCAACGUUCACAGCUACAUUGAGUAGGUCUAACUGUUCACAGCUACAUUGUGUAGGUCUAACUGUUCGACGUUCACAGCUACAUUGAGUAGGUCUAACUGUUCACAGCUACAUUGAGUAGGUCUAACUGUUCACAGCUACAUUGAGUAGGUCUAACUGUUCACAGCUACAUUGAGUAGGUCUAACUGUUCAACGUUCACAGCUACAUUGAGUAGGUCUAACUGUUCCAUGUCCGCAGCUACAUUGAGUAGGUCUAACUGUUCACAGCUACAUUCAGUAGGUCUAACUGUUCACAGCUACAUUGAGUAGUUCUAACUGUUCAACGUUCACAGCUACAUUGAGUAGGUCUAACUGUUCCAUGUCCGCAGCUACAUUGAGUAGGUCUAACUGUUCAACGUUCGCAGCUACAUUGAGUAGGUCUAACUGUUCCAUUUCCGCAGCUACAUUGAGUAGGCCUAACUGUUCACAGCUACAUUGAGUAGGUCUAACUGUUCACAGCUACUUUGUGUAGGUCUAACUGUUCAACGUUCACAGCUACAUUGAGUAGGCCUAACUGUUCACAGCUACAUUGAGUAGGUCUAACUGUUCACAGCUACAUUGAGUAUGUCUAACUGUUCACAGCUACAUUGAGUAGGCCUAACUGUUCACAGCUACAUUGAGUAGGUCUAACUGUUCACAGCUACAUUGAGUAGGUCUAACUGUUCAACGUUCACAGCUACAUUGAGUAGGUCUAACUGUUCACAGCUACAUUGAGUAGGUCUAACUGUUCACAGCUACAUUGAGUAGGUCUAACUGUUCACAGCUACAUUGAGUAGGUCUAACUGUUCAACGUUCACAGCUACAUUGAGUAGGCCUAACUGUUCACAGCUACAUUGAGUAGGUCUAACUGUUCACAGCUACAUUGAGUAGGUCUAACUGUUCACAGCUACAUUGAGUAGGCCUAACUGUUCACAGCUACAUUGAGUAGGUCUAACUGUUCACAGCUACAUUGAGUAGGUCUAACUGUUCAACGUUCGCAGCUACAUUGAGUAGGUCUAACUGUUCAACGUUCACAGCUACAUUGAGUAGGUCUAACUGUUCACAGCUACAUUGAGUAGGUCUAACUGUUCACAGCUACAUUGAGUAGGUCUAACUGUUCAACGUUCACAGCUACAUUGAGUAGGUCUAACUGUUCACAGCUACAUUGAGUAGGUCUAACUGUUCAACGUUCACAGCUACAUUGAGUAGGUCUAACUGUUCAACGUUAUACAUGGCUGUUUUCAUACAAUAAUGUGUUUUGGUGUUACUUUGAGUUAUUCGACAUGGUUGUGUAUUAGUUUUUCCAUACCUACAUAGGCCUACUGUUUCGAAGACUACCAUACUUUUACUAUGAUUAUAGCAACCGAAUUGAGAUGCGUAGCAAGCUACAAAAUAUAGCCCUUUGAGAAAGUUUCGUGGUUGACCUUGGGAUGUUGUUAAGAUGUGAACGGAACCUUUGGAAGGAGGAAAUAGCCUUGUCAUACCUGUGUUUAUUUCCCCCUGCUCAACAGCCAGGUGUUCAGUGUCAGCAUUCAAGGUGAUGGAAGGUGCUACUGCGACAUUGUCCUGUCAAUAUUCAGUGAGCCGUUUGGGUUUGAGCCGCGUGUGCUGGGGACGAGAAUGUGGCACGUUCUGGUGCAACAACAUCCUCGCGCAGACAGACAAACAUGGCGUCAUCUCCAAGGUGUCGGACAGGUACAGACUGGCAGGUGAUGUCCUCGCGGGAGAAAUGGACCUGGGAAUUCUCGACGUCAAGCGGACAGACGGUGGGCCAUAUUGUUGCAGAGUGGACAUAGAUGGCAUUUUCAACGACAAAAAAAUUAUUCAAAACUUAAGGGUCAUGAAAGCUCCAGUGACCGUUUUGCCAACAAGCACCACUGUACAUGUUACAGAAGCUCCUCCCACCACAGAACACUGGAGAGCUGUUGAAUCAUCACAUCUAGCCAUUCCAAGACAGAACACCAGUCUUUUCCCUUCGCAAACACUUAUGGAGGAGCCUCUUCCCAGCUUCUCUCUCCAGAUCAACAUCCCAGUGCUCUCUCUCUCCCUCAGUCUGCUCCUACUUAUAAUGGGGGCUUUGGUGAUAUUGGGGUUUAAACGAGGGAUUCACAGAAGAGCUUUAAAGACAGGCUGUUUGUCAGCCAAAGAGCCGCCUCACAUCAUCUAUGAGAUCCGCAUGAGGAGACCUGUGGAGGAGAACAUCUAUACUCUGGACUAGGGUGGAAGAGCCAGAGCGCUGAUCUGUCCAAUUGACGGCUGUUAACAUGAUAGUGAGGACAGCCAGACUGAUGUCUGUUUUGUCACAGUGGGUGCGUCCCACAGGGUGCCUUAUGGGACACACCCACUGUGACACACAGACAUCAGUCUGGCUGUCCUCACUAUCUUUUUAACAGCCAUCUAUCUAUUGGACGGAUCGCUGUUGCCUGACAGCUGCUGUCAGAAUGAUCAUCUCUCUCAGAGGCUCUACUUUCACUUAUGGUAUCAAUGGGAGUCCCCCCCCUAUGUAAAAUGGAUUCACCUUUUUUAUAUAUUGUUAUUAUGUAGUGGUGUGAUGUUUUUUAGAUGCACAGUAUUGGUUGUUAUCACAAGCGGUCUAAGUUAUGCCUCUUUCUAAUUAAACAAAACGACCUAAAAGUAAAAACCCAACAAGUCAUUUUGUUC